CUUCUUCUCAAAGAUGUCGCGUCCUACGCGUUUGUUCGCACCUGGCUGUUCUGCGCGCUAUUCUUCCCACCACGAUGACCCUCGCAUCUUACUGCACGACUAGGUCAACACGCUUACGACGUAUAUUGUGCAAAAGAUCGCUUUCGACUCGUAGCCUCGCAACAUUUGCGUCUCGGGUGCCAAUAAGCCCUCUGAAUCCGGACAGCCCUCUGGACUACGAUCGCCAGAUAUCACAACUGGAGGCAGUCAAGUAUGGAUCACAGCGGCCCUUGACUCUGACAGAGAAGAUCUUAUACAGCCAUCUAUACACAAGCCCGGACCACGCAUGGAAUCUCGACGAGAUUCGGCGCGGGGAGACUCUUCUGCAUCUGCGACCUGACCGGGUGGCUUGUCACGAUGCAACAGCGACCAUGGCGCUGCUGCAGUUCAUCAGCGCAGGCCUGCCAAAAGUCCAGAUUCCAACCACCGUACAUAGCGAUCAUCUUGUUGUGUCCCGGAAUGGCGCAGAAGAAGACUUGAAAAGAGGCAGAAUCGAGCACCAAGAAGUAUACGCAUUUCUGAGCAGCGCGGCCAAGAAGUACGGAAUCGGGUGGUGGAAGCCAGGCGCCGGAAUUAUUCACACAACUAUCUUCGAGAACUAUGCCUUCCCCGGUGGACUGAUAAUCGGGACUGAUUCUCACACACCAAAUGCGGGGGGCAUGGGCAUGCUGGGUAUCGGUGUUGGUGGUUCUGAUGCAGUGGACGCAAUGGCUGGAAUGCCUUGGGAGCUGAUGUGCCCCGAAGUUGUGGGAGUGCGACUGACCGGCAAAUUGAACGGCUGGGCAUCGACCAAAGAUAUCAUUUGCAAGCUAGCCGGCAUCCUGACUGUUUCUGGUGGGAAAGGGAAGGUCAUUGAGUUCUUUGGCCCAGGCUGCGCCAGUCUCGGGGCGACAGCUAUGGCCACUGUUUGCAACAUGUCAGCUGAGAUCGGAUCAACCUCAUGCAUCUUGCCGUACUCGGACUCUAUGGGCCGGUAUCUUUCUGCUACUAAGCGCGAGAACAUUGCACAAGAGGCAAACAGGUACAAGGACGUACUCCUCACGGCCGAUGAAGGCUCCGAACACCAUUACGACGAUAUUAUUGAGAUCGAUCUCGACACACUUGAACCUCAUGUUAACGGACCGUUUACGCCGGAUCUAUCACACCCGCUCUCCCAGCUGAAGGAAGCUGUUCACAACAGCAAUUGGCCUGUCAAUGUCAGCCACGCGAUGGUCGGAAGCUGUACCAACAGCUCAUACGAGGAUCUGUACAAGACUUCGCAGCUUGUCAGUCAAGCCAAAGCAGCCGGUUUGCCACGAGUCAGGACCCCUUUCAUGGUGUCGCCAGGGAGCGAAGAUAUUCGUGCUACGGCGGAAGCGGAGGGCAUACUCCAAUCACUGCGAGAUGCAGGCGCCGUGAUCCUGAGCAACACCUGCGGUCCGUGUGUUGGCCAGUGGGAUCGCACAGAUGUGGAUGUCAAGGGCCGCGAGCGGAACACCGUGGUCUCGAGCUUCAAUCGCAAUUUUGUCGGGCGUCACGACAGCAACCCUGAGACUUGUUCCUUUGUCACAUCACCCGAGAUGGUGACCGCGUUCGCUUAUGCGGGUCGCAUCGACUUCAAUCCCAUCAGCGACUCGAUUGCUGUGGAUGGCUCAACAUCACAAUUACGUUUCAGUCCUCCCACCAGUGUAGAAUUGCCUAUCGCGUUCACGAUUGGCGACAAUCUCUAUCAAGCGCCCGUGAAAAAUGCAGCACAUCUUUCGGUCAACAUUGACCCACAAUCCGACCGCCUACAACUACUGCAGCCUUUCAAGUCAUGGGAAGCCGACUCGGUACAAGACAUGCCCAUCUUGAUAAAAGUAGCCGGCAAGUGCACAACCGACCACAUCUCUCCAGCUGGGCCCUGGUACAAGUACCGGGGACAUCUAGAACACAUCAGCAACAACAUGCUUCUGGCUGCUUCCAAUGCCUUCCUGCCCUCUGGUGACUCCAAAUUGCUAGGCCACACUGUCCAUCCGCUCAACUCGACUACUGGCGUCAUACACGAGGUUGCGCGCGAUCUGCGGGACAGGAAUGUCAAGUGGUGCAUCGUCGGUGACUGGAAUUACGGCGAAGGCUCGUCGCGCGAACACGCCGCUCUUGAACCACGCUACCUGGGCGGCGUUGCGAUUGUCGCGCGCUCGUUCGCACGAAUACACGAGACGAACCUCAAGAAGCAGGGUAUGCUGCCGUUGACGUUUGCUGACCCCGUGGACUACGACAAGAUCGUGCUAGGUGAUCGUGUCACACUUGUCGGGGUUGAGGAGGGUGAGAUGCAGCCUGGGAAGCAGGUUGGUCUGAGAGUACAGACGAAAGAGGGUAGAGUGUGGGAGGCGAAGCUGAACCACAGUUAUAGCGAGCGGCAACUCAAGUGGUUGAGGGCUGGCAGCGCACUCAAUCACAUUAAAGAGACGAUCUUGAGCAAGUAGGAGGCGGUUCGU